AUGCAGAUGUCAGCACUGCCAGGGCUUGUGGACCUGCUAGAGCUGUGGCUGUGCAUCCAGCAAGAAGAGAACAGACUUGGGAGAUACUGCUUCCCGCUGGCCAGCGCCUACGCCUGUGCAGAGGCUGCAGGGAAAGAUCAUUAUGCCAUCCAGAGGGACCUGGACAGGCUGCAGAGGGAGUGGAGGAGGUACUACUGGCCUCAGCAGAGGAGCCAGGAGCUUGCUGCUGCUGCUCUCCCACAGCUGCCUUCCCUGGAGAAGCAGAUCACUGACAACUGGGAAGGAGGAGGAUCUGGUGGUGGACGAGGAACAGGUGGCAGAAUUGGGAAGCAAACAGGAUCAGUGCCGUUCACAGGACCCACUGCCGGACCAGGAGCGUCCAUCCUCAGCGCUGCCUCACCGGCCAGAGGAGCCGCUACCGUCAGGGCACCCCUGCGGCUCGCCCUGCCGCUUGGGCUCCGCUCCAGGGCUGCCGCUGCCGCUUCUGCCUCCGCUGCAAACCCAGCGGGGACACAGUGCCCUUUGCCGCUAGUCCUGGCUGCUACCCUGCGCAGAACCGGCGGCAGUGUGCGGGAAGCGGAGCGAACCCCUGCCAUGCUCGGCACCGCCAGUGCCGCCACUCUACAGUUAGGGCUGACCCGCAGCGGGGGAAGGGGAUCCCCAUCGCCGCUCUCCGCAUAUUCCCCAGCGGGACACGCUCCAAAUGCAGACUGGUCCUUCACAGCCGCAGCUUACCCGUACACGCUGCCUGUGCUGGGACAAGAGGAGUACCGAGGCAGGGCCGUUCCCUCUAGAGCCGCCACCUCAUCCCCUGAAUUGGGAGUGCCUGCGCCCAGCAAGAGGACGGCUCAAACUGCACUCGGCCCGCCGAGGCACCGAGCCUGCUAAGGCACUCGGCCCGCCACGGCCA